AUGUGGCGAUGCGUUGAAUGGUGUACCUCUCGACCGGCUGCGCGUCCUCCCCGUCACUUUUUCUUUGACUGCUACCUCCGCGGCAUCGACAAUGACUGGGAACAGAAGACGCCCAAGGUGAGGUGGGAUGCACUACAAUUCGGCGACCGCCCUGCCACCCAUGAUAUCGUCCUGGAAGACUUCCCGGUCCCCGGUACCGAAUACAGGGAGCUUUUCGCAUCGAGUAACGGGAGGCUCGGCGACAAACCGCCUCCCGCCGCCGAGACGGUCACAUACAACUCGGAAGAUCGCCAAAGUCGGGUCGAAUUCACGCACACAUUCUCGGAGCCAUCCCGGCUGAUCGGUCUGCCCAAGGCGAUCCUGUACAUGUCAUGCGACACGCGCGACGACUUCACCGUCUUCGUGAUCCUGCGCAAGAAGGACAGAGACGGCAAGGACCUGAUUCACAUGAACUUCCCUGUGGAUGCGACCCCUAUCAAGUCCAUUGCCGAGAUUCCCCAGAAGCAGCAGCACAGCGUGAACCUGCACAUGGGCCAGAUGGGCAUCCUGCGGGCAUCGCAUCGCGAAAUCGAUGCUUCCAAGAACAUCCAUCCGCAGUUCCCCUUCCACCCGCACGGGCGGGAGCAGAAGGUUCCUCGAGGCACUGUGGUGAAGCUGGAGAUUGGCAUCUGGGCCAUGGGAGUCGACUUUGAUGCGGGCGAGAGCAUCAGCUUACAGGUCGGUGGCCAAUACCCCAGCCUUUCAGAGUUUGCGAACUGGUCCGAACCAAGACCUGAGCACGAGCUGAAUCGUGGACAGCACAAGGUACAUUUUGGCGGAGAGUAUCCGAGCUCACUCAUCCUCCCUUACAUCGGGAAACCAUAG